AGAAUUUGUUAGACAGUUAGAGAUGUGUGUGUGAUCAAGCAUCUAAAUCUCUCAAGGUUGAGAGAGAGAGAGAGGUACCACGUGCAAUUACUACUUGUUAGUUGUUGUGAAACAAAGUAUAAAAACCAUGCUUGCUUCCAGCUUCACCAUCUCUCAUUCUCCAUUUUUCUCUUCUCAAAUCUUCUCACAUGUUAACCGUACCGCCCAAGCGCAAUCGAUUGCGAUGGGAGAGCACCGUCGCUGUAGGUGCCGCCGGACUCACUACAUUAGCCAUCAAGUAUCCGCUUGACAUUGUCCAAACUAGAUUUGAAGUUAAUGACCGUCGACUCUUCUCUCAGUUUCCUAAAUACAACGGUACUGUUCACGCCAUUUUCACCAUUGCUCGCACCGAGGGAUUGAAAGGGCUAUAUGCAGGCUUUCUUACUAAGACUAUUGGGCCAUUUAUUGCAUUGAGUGCAUAUCUCAGUUGUUAUAGCAAAUAUAAACAAGGAUAUGCUAGGAGCAAAGAAGCUAAACAAAGUGAUGCCAAGAGCAGAGAGGAGCCGUUUAGGCCAAGUCUUGCCGCAACUCUUCAAUCAGCAGCUUUGGUUUCGUUGCGCAUGCAUGAAUCCUUUUACGGUAGUGAAGACAAGAUUGCAGCUUCAGACACCGCUUCAUCAGGCACGGCCAUACUCUGGGAUAUAUGGUCUGCUCUCCAUCUUAAAUUAACUAUAUAUUCUGAACUGUUCACUUUUGGGUUAACUUUCAUCAUGUUCUGUGUUUAAGUGUCUAUAUUCAGUCAUUAGUCACUACUUGGUAAUGUAUUAGCGUACGCAUUCGUCCCAUCUCUUUCAAGUUUCAACUACUGUAAAGCUAAAACAUGAUAGUCCCAAUAUAUUUUGCUUACUGUGGUUAUAUUUAUCAAUAUACCAAUUGCUAACCAGCCAUGACAUAUUUUUAUCUGUAAAAUAAAAUAUCAGAUGCAUUUAGGACCAUAAAGAGGGAAGAAGGAUUUAGUGCACUUUACAGAGGGAUUGUUCCUGGUCUGGUAUGUUGCUGGCUCUUGUUAUUUUUCCUGUCAAUCUUAACACUGAAAAUUAUAACGGAAGAUUAUAUAUAAUAUGUGGAAUUGUGCAUAGAUGGGUCUUUCUUUUCCAAUCUUCAACAACAAUGAACCCACAGUAACACUAGUUGUUGCGGCGUGAAAUAAUUUUAAAUUUUCACAAACUAUAUAAAGUGACACCACCAUGCUAUUACACUAUUUAUCAACCAUAGCAGAGUCAUACAGAUUGGAAAGUGCUUGAAAUACACAUUGAUAUACUUUUAAAUGUAUGUUUUUUCAUUAUUUAGAAUGCAUAUUGGAAUUUGGGGUUCUGAAAUUUUGAUUUGUGGUGAGAAUAUUUGAACGAACAUGGCCAAAAUUUUCUGUCGCGGUUACAAUGUGGCCGUACAUGUGACUGAAGAUUACACUGAAAUUGUGGUGCGAUGCAGUUGCCGAUACGAGCAAGGAUAUGGGCUGCAAUGAAGUGAGAUUGGAGAUUGAGUCCAAUGAAUUAGGGAGGCUCAAAAGGAUCAUACUACACUUAAAAAGUUGAAUGACUAUGUUGCCAUUUAGUAAUGACUCAUUGGUUCUAGAAGAUUGGUGACUCACUAGUUUGUUACGAAGCAUCUUGUAUUUUCUCUAUUACAAUCAUCAAUGAAAUUCAGUCAAUUCUCUUCUUUAUCUCUAAAUUCUAGGAGUGUGAUCCCUACUCGAAUUGGGUCCUAUCAGUUGCGGUGGCUACCACAUCAGCAAUAUUGCGGGACACAAUUGUGGAUGCAGAAUGCAAUUUAAAACCACGGGCUAUAUUAAGAAUCGAUUAAAUAAUGAAGUUUAUUGUCUACUUGUUGUCCAUAGAGAGCUUGCUUGACUUUGUAAUGUUUUGCAGGUCUUUGCUGCUCACAUCACAGUAUACGAGAAGCUCCGUAGAACUGUUGUCAAUUCCAAGACCAAAGGAAGUACAAUAAAACAUCAAAACCCUGAUAAAAUCUUGGUUAUACGGACUCGUUUGCAGCAACGACCUGACAGCGAUGGAAUACCAAGAUAUAAGAACAGUUGGCAUGUUGUGAAAGAAACUGCACGAUUUGAAGGUCUCCCAGGUUUUUACAAGGGAAUCACUCCAAGCCUCUUGAAACAUAUCCCUAUUUCUUCAAUAUCAUUUGUUGUUUAUGAAAAUGUUCUAAAAUUACUUAAGCUAGCUAGUAGGAAUGACUGGGUAUUUUCCUUUUACUUUAUGAUGUUUCUUUCUUUCUCUCGUUUUUGGUGUUAUAAAAUAUGUGAUCCAACCAUGUGGACGCAAUUUUUGAACAUGACAGCAUUCUUGCCACAUGUUCCAUCCUUUUCAUGUCCUAGAUUGGAUACUCUAAAAUUUGAUCAACGAAAUUUCUGUACAUU